UUUACGUGUUAUGCUGCGCCGUGACGUUGUUUGGCUGCCGUUUUCCCUCCUCGCUGAGAAAGCUAUCCGGCAAUGCUGUUUGGCUAGCUAAGGAGAAUUUGAAUCGUUAACGAUAUUGAAUUUUAUCUUCCAUAUUGUGGUGAACGUACGACAAUAAUUAGACGCAAAUCCGAAGGUUAUUAAGGAGCAGGCUUAUGCAGUCUUGCUAGCCAAUCAAGAUGUUCAACAAGUCGUUUGGUGCUCCCUUUGGAGGAGGGACCGGGGGGUUCGGGACCGCGUCUACUUUUGGCCAGCAAAAUGCUGGCUUUGGAACCACUGGAGGAUUCGGAGGAUCUGCGUUCGGACAGACAGCCACCACUGGGGGCCUAUUUGGGGCAACACAAAACAAACCUGGAGGCCUCUUUGGAUCCAGUACCUUUAGCCAACCGGUUACGUCCUCCGCCACGAGUGGCUUUGGGUUUGGCGCUGCCAGUGGAACAACCACCAGCCUGUUUGGUAGCACCAACCCCGGAGCAGCCACUGGACUCUUCUCCCAACCCAGCAAUGCGUUCGGGGCCAGCAAACCGGCUGCUUUUGGCACAUUCGGGACCAGCACAGCGAGCAGCGGAGGUCUGUUUGGGGCCACAAACACCGCCUCCAACCCGUUUGGGGGCGCCGCCACAGGCUCCCUGUUUGGAGCGUCUGGGUUCACCGCGGCCCAGCAACCAGGAACAGCCCUCAAAUUCAAUCCCCCGACAGGAAGUGACACGAUGGUGAAGAGCGGUGUGACGACGAGCAUCAACACCAAGCACCAGUGCAUCACCGCCAUGAAGGAGUACGAGAACAAAUCGCUCGAGGAGCUGCGUCUGGAGGACUACCAGGCAGGCAGGAAGGGCCCCACCAACCCCAUGGCAGCGGCGACGGGCGGGCUGUUUGGAGCUGCGGCUCCCGCCACCUCCACCGCAGCCACGGGGCUGUUUGGCUCCGCAGCCGCCAACACGGGCUUCUUUGGACAGGCCAAGACCGGCUUCGGCGCCAGUGCCGGUGGGUUUGGGGCGGCCACUGGGAGCCUGUUCGGCCAGCAGACCCCACAGCAACAGCAGCAGCAGGCGCAGCAGCAACAGCAGCAGGCACAGCAGCAGCAGCAACAGCAGCAGGCUGCGGCCGCCAGCCUCUUUAAGCCCUUUGGUCAGACCACCACUGCACAGAACCCCGGCUUCUCCUUCGGCAAUACCAACACCAUGGGCCAGGCCAACACCAGCACUAUGGGUUUGUUUGGCAACACCGUGGCCUCCCAGGCCGGGGGGCUGUUUGGUGCCGCGGCCCCGGCCAGCGCGCCCACGGGCUUCGGCGCGGCCACCGGGCUGUUUGGACAGACCAACACUGGGUUCGGCGCCGUCGGCACACAGAGCCUGUUUGGAAACAAGCCGGCUGGCUUCGGCGCGACCACAACCAGCACCCCAUCGUUCGGUACCAGCAGCAGUCUGUUUGGCAACAAGCCGGCCCUGACGCUGGGCACGGGAGCCAACACGUCCGCCUUUGGGUUUGGUGCCAACCCGACGGGUGGGGGUCUGUUUGGUAACAAGGCGGCGCCGGGGGGCCUUGGGACGGGCCUGGGAGCUGGCUUUGGAGCAGCAGUAGGCACGGCCCAGACGUCCUUGUUUGGCAACACCCAGAACAAGCUCGGCACCACUCUAGGAACCAUGGGAGGCUUCGGUGCUGGAGGGUUUAACACCGGGGCCAGCACCCUAGGCUUCGGGGCCCCACAGCAGCCCGUCGCGCUGACCGACCCCAACGCCGCCGCCGCCCAGCAGGCGGUGCUGCAGCAGCAGAUCAACGCGCUGGCGUACUCGCCCUUCGGGGACUCCCCCCUGUUCCGGAACCCCCUGUCCGACCCAAAGAAGAAGGAGGAGCGAUUGAAGCCGACCAAUCCGACGGCUCAGAAGGCUCUGACCACGCCCACCCAUUACAAGCUCACCCCGCGGCCCGCCACCAGAGUCCGGCCCAAGGCGCUCACCUCGUCGGGGGCUUCCAAGUCCCAGCUGUUUGACGGGUUGGACGAUGACGAGCCCUCCCUCACCAACGGAGCCUUUGUGCCCAGAAAGAGCAUCAAAAAGCUGGUGCUGAAGAACCUCAACAGCAGCCUGUACAGCAGCCCCAUCAACAGAGAUACCGACGACCUGGCCUCGCCCUCGGAGUACCCCCACAACGGCCACAGCCACAUGAUGGACGAUCAGGACGACCUCCGGGACAUGGUGGUCGGCGGGGAGAAGGCGGAGGAGGACCUGGAGGUCACCCAGUUCUACGUGAACCCCAUCUCCAAGCCCAUCCCGCAGGGUCGCUCUCAGGCUGCCCUGCAGGACACCAUCUGUGAGCUGAACAUGCAGCGGGCGGUCAGGAACGGCCCCGAGCUGAGCUGUGAGGAUGUGUCCGUGUCUCUGGGAGAGGACUCGCUUCAAGGGGAGCGUGAGGAAGAAGAGGAGGAGGAAGCGGUGGAGGACCUUCAGAUGGCUCCUCAUCCAGCCGGCAUAGUGCUGUCUCGUGUGGGGUACUACACUAUCCCGUCCAUGGACGAGCUGGCCGAGAUGGUCGAUAACAACGGACAGUGUGUGGUGGAGAACUUCACCAUCGGCAGGAAAGGCUACGGUUCUGUGUUCUUCUGCGGGGUGGUGAACGCGACUGGGCUGAACCUGGACGAGAUCGUCCACUUCAGACGCAAGGAGGUCAUCGUCUACCCGGACGACAAGAAUAAGCCCGCCCAGGGGGAGGGUCUCAACAGACGUGCCGAGGUGACGCUGGACGGCGUGUGGCCCAACGACAAGACCACCUGCACCCAGAUCAAGAGCCCCGAGCGGCUGGGAGACAUGAACUACGAGGGCCGUCUGGAGAGCGCCUCGCGCAAGCAGGGGGCCCGCUUCCUGGAGUACCGCCCCGAGACCGGCUCCUGGGUGUUCGAGGUCGUCCACUUCUCCAAAUACGGCCUCCAGGACUCUGACGAGGAGGAGGACGUGCCGUCCAAAGCCGAUCCCAAGAAGCUGAAGACGAUGCCGUCGCUUCCCCCCUCCAAGCUGCUCCAGCAGCUCCCCCCCUCGCAGCUGCAGGGGGCGCCAAAAGCUCAGUCCACCGCCAUCCAGGAGCUCGCCAGCGGCCUGGCAGAGCUGGACAGCGACAUGGCUGACAUCACCCAGGGCUCCCUGGCCGACAGCCUGCUGGGAGGGGAGGAGGACUGGGGCUCGGACGCCUUCAGCAGCCGCCUCGGCGGCCUCGCCACGGGCCCCGUGCCCUCGGAGCAGGAGCCCGUCUCGGCCUCCAGCCAGAUCGCCUCCUCUCUGGGGAUCAACCCCCACACCCUCCAGAUCAUGAAGGCUUCUCUGUUUACCGAGGAUGACGAUGAGGACGACCAGGAGCAGGGGCUGAUGAAGAGCGCCGUAGAUUCCUCCUCCGGCCGCCGUCUGGUUCCCAGAGUGCAGAACAGGCCCUCGGUCGGCGGUCUCCUCCAGGCGCGCUUCUCCUCCGGCCUGUUCGCCCAGGCCCCAGACCCCUCCCUGCGAGACGGCUCUCCCUCCUCGGCCAAGCUCCACCCUUCCCUCUCCCGGGCUUCCCCGGCGAGGGGCCAGACCCCCCGGGGCUUCUCCUGGAGCGCGGCAACCCCCGCGACCUCCUUCCUCCUGCCCGCCCGGGCCCCUGAGCCCUCCAUCCGCACCGUGGGGGCCCGCCGGCUCGGCGGCCCCGUGGCCUUGAAGGAGUCCGUCACCCUGGGCAAGGGAGCCCUGCUGAUGGACGCUGGCCUCUUCAUGGGCCGGUCGUUCCGCGUGGGCUGGGGCCCCGGCUGGACGCUGGCCCACUGCGCCCAGCAGAUCAGCGCCCCCCAUUCCAAGGAGGCCACGCUCAAAGGCCACAACGCGGACUUCAGCUUCAUGCCUCAAACCGUGCGGAGCAAAACCCUGACGGACAGCGCCUUCAAGGUGGUGCUGGAGCAGGUGUCGGGCGUGGAGCCCGAGCACGAGAAGGAGGUCGAGGAGGAGGAGGAGAUGGAGGGCGAGGAGUCGGCGUCCAGGCUGGCCGUGCUGCAGCGCCCCCUGGAGAUCUGUCUGAAGCACAGCACCGUCAGCACGCCGGAGGGGAGCACGUGCCCCCUGGUCCAGCCCCAGCUCGGGGUCUCCGCCCUGCACGAGUACGCCCAGUGGAUCAGCAAGCUGCAGCAGAAGGCCGACGGGGACAUGGUGCUGGGCUACUGGGCCGAGGUGUGGACCCUCUGCGAGGCGCUUUGGGGCCGCCUGGGCUCCUCCGAGGCCCUGGACGACGCGGACGACGCCGAGGCCCCCGACGAGUACCUGCAGCAGCUGGAGAGGAGGCGGGCCUUCUCGGCCUGGCUGUCGAGCGGCGCCACGGCCCGCGUGGAGGAGGAGGUGGGCAACGCCGGCAAGGAGAACCACGCCGAGGCCAUCUUCAGCUACCUGACCGGCGGCCGCAUCAGUAUGGCCUGCCGCCUCGCCCAGAAACACGGGGAACACCGUAUGGCCGUGCUGCUUGCCCAGGCCAUGGGCUCCCAGCCCUGCAGGGAGCUGCUGGGCCUGCAGCUGGCCGACUGGUGCCGCAUGCAGACGGACUGCCACAUCAGCGAGGACCGCCUGCGCAUCUUCACGCUGCUGGCCGGGAAACCCGUGUGGCAGUCCUCCGAGUGCCUGGUGAACGUGUGCUCCAGCCUGGACUGGAAGCGCUGCGUGGCCGUCCACCUCUGGUACAUGCUGCCCCCCACCGCCUCCGUGGCCGACGCCCUCGCCAAGUACCAGGACGCCUUCCAGGGAGACGGGGAGACGGGCCGGUACGCCUGCGCUCCUCUGCCCCCCUACCUGGACCCGUCCCAGGGAGCGGACAUGGAGGACGAGGACGAGGAGGAGGAGUCGGCCAAGCGGCCGCUGUACGACCUCUGCUUCCACCUGCUCAGGCUGUUCAGCGACAGGCACUACAGCCUGCACCAGCUGCUGGACCCCCUGGCCGUCACCUGGGAGCGUCUGGACUACCGGCUGAGCUGGCACCUGUGGGGGGUGCUGGGCGCGCUGCAGUACAGCCACCUGAGCGGCCCGCGCCAGGGCCUGCUGCACGCCAGCUACGCCGCCCAGCUGGAGAGCGCCGGCCUCUGGCACCUGGCCGUCUUCGUCCUGCUGCACAUCCCCGACCACGCGCUGCGGGAGCGUGCCGUCAGGGAGAUGUUGAGCCUCUACUGCCCCCUGCAGCGCACGGAGGACUCUGACCGCAGGGAGCGCUUCCUCACCGAGAGGCUGCUGCUGCCCGAGCAGUGGCUCCACGAGGCCAAGGCCAUGCGGGCCCGCCGCGACGGGGACCGCCACCAGGAGGCGCUGCACCUCUACCAGGCCGGCUCCUGGAACCACUGCCACAAGCUGCUCAUCCAGCACCUGGCUUCAGACUGCAUCAUCAACGACAACCACGCCUACCUGUUGGAGUUCCUGGACGGCCUGUCCCUCCCCGAGCGCAGCGUCAGCAUCCAGGACUGGGACACGGCGGGACGCGUGUACCUGGACUACAUCCGGGUCAUCCAGAGCCUGCAGGACAUCCAGCAGAUGGACAGCCCCGGCUACGAGACGGAGCGCCUCUACACGGAGGUGACCUCGCUCUGCAGCCGCGUCCAGCUGCUGCCCUGCACCACCGCCAAGGACUGCCUGGCCCAGUCCGAGAUGGCCAAGCGCGUGGCCAACAUCCUGCGGGUGGUGCUGAGCCUGCAGCAGGCCGAGGAAGGGGGCGCCGACCCCCUCCUCCAGCCGCCCCACGCCAAGCUGACGGCCCUCAUCACGCGGCUGCCCAUGCCCGAAGACUAUGCCCUGGAGGAGCUGCGCGGGCUCACCCAGUCCUACCUCAGGCACCUCAUCGACGUCCAGUGACGCGGACCAACGCAGGAAGACACGGGUGUGUCCUGACACCCGGGCACAGUGAACGGCCACGGCGCCUUUUUCCUUUUUUCUUUCUUUUUUUUAAAAAAAGGGGCCGCGGAGGAGGAUUGUUGAGGUUGACGUGAUGCAACACGGGCAUGCCCUUGCACUUAACAGGACGCAAGUCACCAUGGGAACGACUCAGUCAGAAAGCGUCGUGCUGGGGGGCGGGGGGGGGAUGGGGAUGGGGGGGGGGUGGAUGCUGACAGGCGUGUCUGGGGAGAAACGGCCGCUGAGUCCGGGAACUACCACCAAAUCAUGCAGAACCAAGGACCCUUUUGGAUUCGGAGAUCGUCUUGACACGUCGGCCAUGAUUGUUCUGUGUCGUCUUCGGAGUAGGGGGUGAGGGGGUGAGGGGGCAUGUGGCGACCAGAUCGGACCGAUGGAAAGGUUAGGGUUGGACGCUGAAGACUCAAGACUACUGCCCCGACUCUUAUACAGCCGCUUGGAUAUGGUGUCUCUGUUGCCAUGUGAUGGAAAUAUGUUGUAUACCUAUCAUUCCGUGUGUGUGUGUGUGUGUGUGUGUGUGUGUGUGUGUGUGUGUGUGUGUGUGUGUGUGUGUGUGUGUGUGUGUGUGUGUGGAGAUGUUUCGUGAAUGCAAAAAAAUUAAAUCUUGUUAUUCAUUAGAAUGGCGAGCUGUUUUUAGUUCAUUAAAGUAUAUUUUCAUUUUCCCACAUAGCUCCCCAGAAUGUUUCGAUUGGCCUGUUGGUUGAGUUGCGUGUGUUUUGUUGCACCGGAGGAUGCAUGUUUAGUGUGCGUGUGUGUAAGCCAAGCAUUUAAAUGACUUUAAAUACGGUUGUAUGGUUUGACUCAACAAGACACUUGGCCACAUGAUGAUGAAAGGAACACGAUCGGAUUUCUUUGUCAAUAUGUGAAUAGCGAUGAUCUAUCUUUCUAUAGAGAAUAACUCUUGUAUAAAGACAAUUGGACAACUUGCGAUGUUUAUGCUUUUGGAUGUUUCCGAGGAGACUCAGUAAAAAUUGUAAAAUGCGGAAAGGUCUAUUUUUGUAGGGUUUUUCUUACUCUUUGGGUGUGCAUGCCCUAGCCAGGAAGGAACUUUGUGCAGUUCUAGAGAAUGAUUUGACGUAAGGUUUCUAUUGUAUAUUGAACAUACACUUUUGAGUUUCAUUCCAUCAGUGUGUUCAUUAUAUAUUACAUUGCAAUGCGUGUUGUGACGUUUGACUUUCAGAAGGUACAACUGGGCUUUUAAACAGCGGCUGUCUGCGAUGUAUUUACACUUCAGACACGGCCAUUUGUACUGAACGCCUCAAAGGGUAUUCGUUGGAUAGCAUCCUGAAGUGUCAUUCUAAUUGCUGAUGUAGUGUUGUCAUAGAUACCUGCCGACAAGUCUUUAGUUUGUCUGAAAUGACACAUCAGAUUUUUUUUUUUUCUUUGAGAUGUGUGUGUGUUAAGAAAUCCUCACUCGCAGAAUAUUGAUGCACACAGUGCCUUUCCCGUAUUGAAUCUCUAAAGUGUGUUGCUCCGUGUGUGUGUGUGUGCGUAUGGUUUUAAUAAAGUGAAUUAAAGUGUAAAAGUGA